AUGGAUGACGAGCCGGAAUGCAGUCAUUCUCAAGAUGUCCCGGGUUGUCCGCCUUCCCUCCUCCAUUCGCGCGGCUUCCGGCAUGCUCAAAUACUUUGCCGAUCCCAGCCAGCGCUUGCUGUCGCAGCAUAUGAGGGUAUUAAGGACGCGCUCGGGAUCUGUGAGGACAAGCUGCGAUUUCAUGCUUGGGAUUGUUCAAGGAUAGGGCAUCCGCUGCUCGAUCCGCCGUUGUUGAAACAUGCACACCGUGAAUCCGCCCUAGUCUGGGCCCUAUCAUCUGCCGGAGCCGCCUGGGGAAUCGCGACCGCUUGUCUACAGGGCUGGCUCUCCGAGUGCGCUUGCACGCCGACGCCCGGCGAAAAAGCGUGGGAGUGGAGCGGGUGCAGCUAUGGAGUACAGUAUGGACUUGCGGCGACGCGACGACUGUUCAGCCGUGGCGCCACCUAUAAAGAUUCUGACGGCCGAGACCGGCGUGGUGGUCGUGACUUAGCAUCUCUAAACCCGGCAAAAGUGGCUGAGAAGCACAAUUUGAAGGCCGGGAGAUUGGCGAUAAAGAAGACCGUUCUUCAAUCGUGCAAGUGCCACGGAGUCAGCGGGUCGUGUCAGCAAAAAACAUGCUGGAAACGGACGGCCGAUUUGGAUACGGUGGCCGUGCUUCUUAUUGAUAAGUACCAUCGAACCAAAACGGUGGCCGGCCAGGGAAAAGUGAAAAAUGCCGAUCUGCUGGCCUUUGAGCAAUCUCCGGACCACUGCGCAGCACGAACGGCCUCGAAUCGUAUCUGCGGCUGGCGGAAUGAAACGCAUGCCCAGGGCGACUGUAAUUCGUUGUGUUGCGGAAGAGGAUAUAAUGUUACCCACGAGGUGAUCACCGCAAAAUGCGACUGUAAAUUCGUGUGGUGCUGCCAAUUGGUGUGCAAGGAAUGUCUGCAGCACCGGUGGACGAGCACGUGUCUU